AUGACUUCGAGAUUUUUUGUUUUAUGCGCUGCAUGCCUAGCCAUGACAGCUUCAGCAAACAUGUCCCUGGACCCUCAAGCAAUCCAAGAGGUGUUUGGCAGGAAUGGUUACGCACCACCAGCACCACCACAAUCACCUCAACAAGCUGUUCCAGUGACUCCUGCACCACCUAAACAGGUGGUGGCAGUGACUCCUGCACCACCUGCCCCACCACCAGACGACGUCUUCAGCCCAGUUCCCGCUGAUUAUGACCAAUUUGAUUGGACGUUGACUAAGCGAGUGGCAGCAGGCUCAGACAAAAAUUUCCUCUUGUCUCCUCUGGGUCUGAAGUUGGCGCUGGCCAUCCUCACGGAAGCAGCCACAGGAGUCACCCAGAAUGAGCUCUCGUCCGUCCUGGGAUUCGACCUAGACAGAAACGUAGUCAGAUCAAAGUUCUCCACUAUCAUUGAGUCUUUACAGAAAGAGUCACCAUACUACAUUCUAAACUUAGGCAGCAGGAUCUACGUCGGUGACAAUACGCAUCCGCGACAGAGGUUCGCAGCCAUUGCGCAGGAGUUCUACAAGACUGAGCUGAAGAAUGUCAACUUCAACAACCCGGCCGUUGCCUCCAAGGAGAUUAACUCCUGGGUUUCGAAUAUCACACAGGGACACAUACCCUCGCUGGUGAACGAAGAUGACGUAGCCAACAUGGUGGUGCUGGUGCUGAACACCCUCUACUUCAAGGGUAGCUGGUAUCAUCAGUUCCCUCCCAACGCCACUCAUUUUGGAAAAUUCAACGUCUCACCGCGCCUUGUGUCGUACGUCGAUUAUAUGAACGUCAACGCCAAAUUUUUCUAUACCGAGUCUACUAAAUACGACGCUAAGAUCUUAAGGAUGCCUUAUUUGGGUAACAAAUACGCCAUGUAUAUCAUAGUGCCCAACUCACUGCUGGGUCUACCACGAGUGCUGAACGACAUCGGUGGUCUUCGCCAAGAGCUGGACAAUCUUAGGGAGUACACCGUUGACGUGACUCUGCCCAGGUUCCAGUUUGACCAAACUUCGCAGUUAGAUGGAAUUUUGAGAGAGUUGGGAAUAAGAGCAGCAUUCGAGGACACGGCUUCCUUCCCAGGCAUCGCGCGCGGUCAGGAUAUGGACCAACGACUCAAAGUAUCGAAGGUGCUGCAGCGGGCUGGUAUUGUAGUCAACGAGCUCGGCAGUGUUGCAUACUCUGCUACAGAAAUAUCGCUGGUGAACAAAUUCGGUGAGGAUAUUGAAGCUACCGCAGAGGUUGUAGCUGACAAACCAUUCCUGUUCUUCAUUCAAGACGAAGCCACCCGGCAGUUGCUCUUCACUGGUCGUGUUUCUGAACCACAUGGUCAAGAUGGAGUCCUUAAAGUAUAA